AUCUCGCUGAGACUUCUUGUUCAACACGCUGCAUCUUGGCGUCUACAGCAGAAUUAACCGCAAGACCUCUUGCUGCUGAGCAGCAUCGCUUGACAAAGACAUCUGAAGUACAGACCACGUUCGAGUGCUCCAUUCGUGUCUUUUUGAAGGAACUUCCAAUCACACUUUCCCCGAGGCAAAAACAGCUGGGCAUUCCAUCAACCAGUAUGCGCGCAGCACCUGUCUUGAGCGCCGAAACGCCUUCGUUCCAGCCUGCGCAGACGCACAGCACUGCAGUGAGCGCCAACAGUGCUGUUGCAGCCGCCAAUAAGGACGACCUUCAGCCUGCUCCGACAAAAUCGGAUCCGAAUGUACACAUAUUUGCAGCAGGACAGUGUUCCGAACAACAGCAACACCACCGUGCCAUUGAGCGCGAUCGCAGUGCGCCGUCGGGGUUGACGAACAGCUCUUCCGGGGAGGCGACGCUCUUCGGUGGCAUCACGUCUGCUUCGAGCUCGGAGCUGCAUCUAAAAUCCCAUACUCAGCAGCAGAAUCAAUCGUCUCGUGCUGGUAACGCGCGCGCAUGCAGAUUCGAAGGGGCCAGCCGCGACAAGGAGCGCGCCGCCAUAGCCCGCGAGCGAGAGCGCGGAGGCGGUGCCUCCGCUCGAGUUUCCGCACUAGCAGCAGCGGAUGAAGACAGAUCUUCAUCGAAGAGUGUGUCUAGGGUCGACCUUGCGACGAGUCUGAUGAAUUACAAGCGCAAGACGGCUGCCAAGGAGGGUGGCGGAGUGGGCGCAAAUGGGACGCGCGGCGAGCGGGAGCGGCAUCGAGAUCGAGACGGCAGCAGCCACAGCCACAGGGAGCGGAACAAGGAGGGUGAGCGCGAUAGAGAAAGAGACAAGUCAAGGGAGAGGGACAGUAGGGAUGGCGCUGGCUCGUCCUCCCGCCAACAUCGCGCUGCAGGACGCGGCGACCGCGAUCGGGAUCGGGAUCGUGCAGAAUCGCGAGGAGCAGUCGCGUCCGCCUAUGCAGGUGACGACCUGGUGGAUUCUGUCGCAUCCCUGCGCAUGGUGCCGAGAGGCGCCAUGGGCGAGCGCGGAGGGCCAUCGGGUGGAAAACUGUUCGAUCCUGAUGCACCUACAUCGGCAUCUGAGCGUCAACAACAGCAUGCUCCACAUCGCUCGCACCACUCACACUUGCAGGAGGGCCAUCAACAUGCAUAUCAUCAUCGCAGUGCGGGAGGCGGGGCUGGAAGUGGCAAGAGGCGAGAGAAUCGAGAUCGAGAUCGAGAGCGCAAUGAGCGUGACGAGUUCGAUCGUCAUCAUCACAACCACCAUCACAACCAUCUGCACCCGCCCCUCCCCCCAAGUGGCGCCUCAACUUGGGAAGAAGAGCAGCGCCCAUUGUACAGCCGCACAACGUACGACGACGACUUUGAGCCUCGUCCACGAACGAUAGCAGCCGCAGCCAAUGGUGGCAACGCAAACGCUUCGACAGUCGGUGGCGGCGGUACAGGCGUUACAGGAGGACCGGGUCCAAAUGCAAACGCUAAUUCAGGCACAGGCACAACCGCAUCGCUCGCGACAACAACAGCAAGUAGCGCCGCCGGCAGCGCUGGCGGGACACAACUGUUCGAUCCGCGUCGACACGAUCCCGUCAAAUUUGCUGCGAUGCAAAAGCGUGCACCGGCAAGCGCAAAUGGCGGCGGCAGCGAUUCUAAAGUCUGGCCGUCGUCGGUGUCCUCUGCCGUGGCAGGACCUGUGACGAGCACUAGCGGCCAACUUGCCGUGCAGGCUGUGGGGACGAUCACGCCUACGUCGUUCAGCGACGCCCGAUCACUUGUCAGUUCUUCGCUCGCUAGCAAGAGCACGGGCGCAGCGAGCGUCACGUCGAGCGAGGCGUCACGUGAACGCAGGCGCAGGCGUGGCGGUGCGUCCAGCGCACGUAGCGGAGGCGGUGGUGGUGGACAGACAGACGCAUCGCCUUCAGCUCCGGAUGGGAACAAAAGCGAGCGCGACGCCAAAUCUCGCGGAACCGGCGGAGCAGGCGGGGGCGGAGGUGAAGUGAAUAGCUAUGUGAUGGACCUCAAACGCGCCUACCGGGACAUCUCCCAGCUCGAGCAAAAGUUGCAGGAAGAUCACAAGGCCGCGGUCGAGAAGCGCAACGAGCGAAGUGGUGCCCAGUUGCUUGACGCUGGAUUUCCCUCGGGCAUUGCUGUCGUUAUGGCCGGGGCAAAUUCGGGAGCAGGCGGAGGAGGAGCAGGCAACCCUACCGGCACUAGUAGUACCAGUGCCGUCGGUGCUGUUGACCACGAGGCGUGGCUGCGCCUCAUAGCACAGCAUCGACAGCUUGCCGAGCUGCACGAAGCCUUCAUGGAGAUGGUGCUGCGUCCGGGCUUGCCGGCGUCGCUGCAUUCCUUACCGCAGAACUACAAUAUCCCCACGCGUCUCUGGCAGACAGGCUUUCAUAUCAUGCUCGAGCGACUGCGCCAUGCGUUGCCGUACCCUCAGCCGACGCAGCAGCCGACUGACGAAGCGGGCACAGCGGCGCAAGCGCAGCUGCUCGACCAUUUGACCGAGUUUAUCUACUUUGCGUACGCAUUCUACAGUAACUUGCUCGAGUCGGAGAUCCUCCGCGUUUUCAAGAGCGCGUGGAUCGAGAGCCUCGGCGACCUGGCGCGCUAUAGGAUGGCCGUAGCGGGUCUCAGCGCUGCGCUCAACAGAUCAGCGAAGAAUUGUAAUGGUGGCGUGCGCAACAAGGCUAGACGCGUGCUAGUGAGGCAGCAGCAUCAGCAGCAGUCAACAAGCGUGACCGAGGCGAAGAUAACCAACUUGGCUCGUAUCGAUGAUGAAGACAAUGACGAAGGUGGGAGCGCCGCCAGGCCGCCACCGCAUGUUGCUGGCCUGGAGCGCGCCAGCAUCGGAAGCGACGCGCUGGGCGACUGGGAGCUAGAGGAAAAAGAAACGUGGCGCAUCACCGCGAGGGACUGGUAUGCCAAAGGUCUAGCAGAUAUGCCAGGGACGGGGAGGCUGCAUCACCACCUGGGGAUCCUUAGCCGGAAUGAAGAGCUGCGGGCCCUACAUCAUUUCUGCAGGAGCUUGACGGCCUCUCACCCUUUCCUUUCAGCCAGGGAGUCGAUGUUGCCACUCUUCGAUCCGAAACUGCAAAGCAGGAGGCAAGGUUCGGACGCGUCGCUGACGGAUUUGUUCGUGUGCAUGCACGGAAUGAUCAUUACGCGCGUGCAGCUUGACGACUUCGAAGACGUGUUCCAACGCUUCCUCUUUGCCUUGCAAGAUGUCGAUCCAAGCGGCCGCUCCUCGCCGGAUGUCAUGAGCACGGCAUCUAUUUCCUCCGCUGAGUGGAUGAUGAUGGCGACGGCGAACGUUGCAGCCAUCUUGCAGCACGGUGCCGAGGAUGCCAUCUUUGCCACCGCGACAGAUGCAGCUAGUCAAGAGAGUCAAGCGCGCAAGACGGAGCGCAUCGAGGCAAAGACGCCUACAGCCAUCAUACUCAGUCAGAACUCGAAAGUCUCUAGCCCGCCAUCAUCGCCGAAAAUUGGGAUGAGGGAUGCCCCUGAAAACACUAUCGUCACGUUGCAGAAGAAGUCCAAUGAAGCACCAUCUGAUGAGGACCUGCCCUUGCCUCUCCGGUGUGCAUUGCGCCUGGCUUUCACUUCCUUGCGCAUCCUUAUCGUGCGCUGGAUCAAAUCACGGAACGCAACCAUCAACCCGUACCUCACCAUCAUACUCACCUUCCUGGCGACCGUCGCGAAGCAGACCGUUGCGCUCGGCAUUCUUGAGCGAUGGGUGCCAUGGGAAGCCUUGACCCAGCUCGCUGUACAUGCCCCUCAUCCUAUUGACCCGCGCAAGGAUAUGCCCAGCAAGAUCACGGGAAUUCAACCGCUACCAGAAGACUGGUGCUUACGCGGCAUGGCCUGGGUUGGGCGCCGAGUGUACGAACGAGGCUUUUGGAAACCGCCUCGCGCAGGCAUCUCGGCCCUCAAGUUCGAAUCUGAGGUAGACGUCCUUACUCGUGAACAAGCCAUGGGGGAAACAGGUUGGGGCAGCGAGAACGUCACCUCUGAAGGAGACGAUGACCAGCCAACUCUUCGUGCCGACUCGGUGCUCACAGACUUGCGCUGGAAGCGCCUCUUACACACGCUCAUGUCUCUCGCAAAGACGGUUCCUGGUCUCGAUUUUGAUGAGCGAACCCAAUCUGUCGCCGUUGUCAAUCCGCUGCGCAACAAAAUCGAGCGUUGGGCCAUUGAAGAGAAGGAAGUGGAAGCGAUCGAAACUUCUCCGCAUAUUCGCAAAUUUGAUGUUGACAGCGAUGAGGAGGCGGACUCGUCGAGCGAGCGAGAGAGCGACGAAGACGCUGAUGACGGGAACCUGCCGGAGGAGAUUCGUGUUCUUAAGGCGCGUCAUCGAUACCUCAAGAGUGUAAUCCAACAGGCAAAGUCUGCUGCUGCGCCACUUAUGCCCACCCGAACCAAGCAAGAUGGACAGGGCAAGAAAGAGGCCGGGCGCAAGCCAGGAAGGAAAGAGCUUGUGAACGUGGUGCCGGGAUACACAGUCCUCGUCCUGGACACCAACGUUCUUAUUGCGCCAGGCAAGCUGCUCGAACAGCUCGUCGAGUGGAAGCGCUGGACCAUCAUUAUUCCACUCGCGGUCGUGACCGAACUGGAUGGCUUGCAAAAGAAUCCGGAGCCGCUCGGUCCUGGUGCCCAACGUGCUCUAGCCUAUAUCGAAAAGAACAUACGCUCUUGCAGCAAAUGGCUCAAAGUACAGACGUCUCGUGGCAACUACCUCGCGGAUUUGACUGUGCGUCAAGAGGAAAUCGAUUUUGGCAACGAUGUUGGGGACGAUGUGCGCGCUCGUUCGCUCGAUGAGAUUAUUCUCCGGGUGGUCAACUGGCAACAGACGCACUUUAUGGAUCGACUGGCAAUCCUGUCAGACAACCCCUCACGCGAUCGCGAGCGAAUCAAGCCGGAAACGACGAAGGCUGUUCUUGUAACUCUGGACCGAAACUUGCGCCUCAAAGCGCGAGGGAAAGGACUUUCAGCUGCCACGCAAAAGGAGAUUACCCACAUCUUCUUGGCACACAAGGCACCGAACGGCUAGCAAUAGCUAUCCAGUAGUUUUGGUUUCUUCAUCUUUUUCCACCCAAAGAACAUCAGUGUUCUCUGGUGCAAGGCCCGUUUUGGCCACAUGUUUCUCCCGUCGCGGCAGCGGUUGGGACCUGGCGAGCUUGCCCGCGCGCGCCAUGCGCUGAGUCUUGCUCGUGUGACAAAGGCAGAC